GCCAGCCCCUCCGCCCUCUUGGCACCGGUCUCCGCGCCGCGCCCACCCGACUUGCGCAGUUGCCCGCCCGCCCGGGCGCUAUAAGAGGGCGGCCGCCGGCUCGACGGGGACAUUCCCUUCCCGGCAUCGAGGAUGGCGCAGCGCACGGUCUCUCUGGGCGGCCUGGCAGGCUUGGCGCUCCUGGGCGCCCUUCUCUCCCUCUCGCCCGCCGAAAGCCAGCCCCCUUCCCUGCCCAAGGUAGGGCCGGGCCGAGGGAAGUGCAACCUGCAGGGGAUGUGGGUGAACGAUCUGGGCUCCCGGAUGUUCAUCGGACCCCUGAACGCGGCCGGCCAGUUCUCGGGCUACUACCUGGCCGCCGUCUCGGCUGCCCCCAACGCCGCCAUCCGGGAGUCGCCCCUGCACGGCACGCAGCACCCCAACCCCCCGCGCUCCCAGCCCACCUUCGGCUUCUCCGUCAACUGGUCCUUCUACGACUCCACCACCGUCUUCGUGGGGCAGUGCUUCGUGGAUGAAAACGGCGACGAGUUCUUGGAGGCGACGUGGCUGCUGCGGGAGGAGGUGGCGACUCACGCAGACAACUGGAAGGCCACCCGGGUGGGCCAGAACGUCUAUGUACGUGUCAGAUGAAAAGGAACCAGGAUCUGGGCCUGUUCCGCUACUCGUGCGUAGGACCAGCUACAAGACAACUCCCCUUCCCUCCACCAACACUGCCCCCCUGCCUUUUCCACAGGGAGGGGCAAUCAUCCCCCCUCAGGACAGGGUUUUGGGGGGGUGCUGCUUUUACCACCCCACACGCUAGAGAGAACAUUUGCUGCAGGUGGUGACAGCUUUUGAUAAGGCAACUGCUAAGGGUUUAUUCUCUGAACUUGCUAGGGGCUUUUUGGUGGCCUUUUACAUAUUUUAAACCUUCUUUUAAAUGCUCUGUGCCUGCCCCAGAGAACUGUCUCAUGGGGCAAUUGCAGAAAACCAAUAAAUAAACCUUUCUAUUG